CAUGCAUCACCUGACCUGUCACUGAGAGCACUAAAGGUUAGCCUGAUCCCAGCCCCUCUUACUACUAAAGUUUUGUGUCAAUGGGCAAUGUGGCAGUCAAGACUAUCAAAACUAUCAAGCACCCUCAUGGAGUGGCACUCAACCAAGCUGGGGAGAUAAUUGUGGCUGAACACGAUGCUGGUAUUGUCUCGAUAUUUAGCCCAAGAAGAGACAAGCUGCGAACAUUAGACACUCGAGGCCCAGAUUUUGGGGAGAUGAAGACUCCUCGUGGUGUGGCAGUGGACGGUGAUGACAAUAUUCUGGUGGUGGACGGUGGUAAUCAUCGACUGUUGAAGUUCUCACGUGGAGGAGACCUGAUAGCAGCAGUAGGUAGUCAUGGCGAUGAUCCUGGACAGUUUAGUGAUCCUCGUGGUGUUUGUGUCAACAGUGUCAAUGGGAAGGUGUAUGUGACUGAUAAUGGUGCUCACUGUGUUCACAUCUUCAACUCUGACCUCACCUCUUCCAGCAAAUUCGGCAGUGAAGGCAGUGGUAAUGGACAGUUUAAAUAUCCCUAUGACGUUGCAUCCGAUCGUAGUGGUUGUGUGUAUGUGGCUGAUAAAUAUAAUAAUCGAGUGCAAGUCUUCACACCCGAUGGUGGCUAUCUGAGGCUGUUUGGGAAAGAAGGCAGUGGAAAUGGAGAACUUAAGUUGCCUGUCAGCAUCUGUGUGUUCAGUGAUGAUCUGGUGUAUGUGGGGGAGGAUGGGAACUAUCGUGUCUCAGUGUUCACGUGUGAGGGAGUGUUUCUCAAGUCAUUUGGAUCACAGGGAUCUGGACCAGGACAGUUCGAUCGUCCUCAUGGCAUAGCAGUAGACCAGUGUGGUGUGGUCUAUGUGUCUGAUUAUUGGAACAACAGAGUACAAAUAUUUUCCUAAUUUUUUUGGUCUCCAUGGUUACAUAGUGCUGGUGGCGGGCAUCAACACUGAUACGGGCAAGGUCUAGGUUUGUCUGAGGAAGAGGAAGUGGAGCCUGAUAUCAUCAAACUACUAUCACAUGAUGCUACAACCCUCCAUGGAUGUGUACAUUCUGCCACUGUCCUUUGUCGAGUAUCGGGUGGAGAGACGAAUCGAAGCAUGGGAGGUCAGAGGUCAUCACCAUGCCAUUAAAGCAGUAUUCAUUGGAGCUGACCAAUAUGACAGUGGGGAGACUCCACCCACAGAGGUCAAGGGUCACCGGACUGGUGGUGGGCUGCACUGAAGCCAGACAUCAACACACUCCAUCAGCCUCUAAACCAAGUGCUGGAAUACACGUCGUCCCUCCUCAUCACCUUGGUUUCUCCAUCGCCCCCGGCAACAACUGGAUGUUGGAGGUGGGUAGAGACUACGCCAUCACUGUGAAUGUGUUUGACAAAAUGAACCACAAGAUUAUCAUCACUGAGAAUCUCUUGUGCCGAGCCUGUUUCCAUGACGAUACGACCAGUGAUUGGUCAUAUGCCAGACUGCCCUCUAUUGACUCAGACGAACAAUCACAAUAUUCAGUUUCCUGUGCGGAGUGGAUGACUUUUGAACUUUGAAAUAAUGCUGUAUGACAAUGUGGGUAGGACGUUUACAACUUCAGAAUGCUGCAAUGUACGUUGUGAUUGUCCAAUCAGAACGCUCUACCCACCCUCAGACCUCCUCACUACAACACAAGGACUCAGAUACGGCAAUAGCGGCAAUAUUCUCCCGGAGUCGAUUAACUUUCUCUCCUGCUUCAAAAUCCACCAGAGCUGAUGCCUAAUAACGAAGUACUGCUCUUCAAGCACCCUCUAAACAAGGGCGCCCUCACUAUAACCCACGGCUCUGUCAUUGAGUUACUUGACUGUUUACAGCACCCAGACACUGGUGAGGUUCAUGACCUCCCGACCCUCAUAACCAAGCACCAGGUGGUGGAGAUCAACGACCAGUGCAAGUGACCCCCAAACACCUCGUCAUUCUCUGGGACCCCAAACAGAGUUCAAAUACCAGCACCAAUUGAAUGUGACUGAAUGGUCUUGUGAGGUGGAGGGGAUUGCUCACCACUAGGACCAAGGGGAAGUCCCUAGUGGUAGCCAUGGAUACCAAAAACACGGCUCACUUUGAUAAAACGGAGACACUGUGUUGUGACGUAUUUGUAGCCUCAAUUGAGCGUAUUGAGAUCACAACUCGUACGAGGGAGCUGCUGUUGGGGGAGGAGCCGAACGUUUCAGUGUGCAGGAUUUUUACGAGGAAGUCUCGUGCAUGGACAAAGAUGAUGUGUACAGUUUUGGAGUACUUGCUUGUGAAGUGGUAAAUCCCAGAUUUCCUGAAGCUGCUGUAUUUCUUGGUCUGCUAUCGAGUAUGGAAGGUGUAUGGCGGGAGCUCCACCCACUCAUCACCUCCUGUGUCUCUCACUCCCCUCAGGACAGACCCUCCAUGGACACUGUGCUACACCACAUCAAACAAUUGGACUCUGAGUCUUAGCAUUGGUGCAUGAGUGUGUUUGUUUUCCAAAUUGUCAUUUGUGAUUCUUGCAAACAAA